CGUGUAAUAUUGCGGAGACGGGCAAUUAGAGCGAUUCCGCGGCGCAAAGUGCGCAAGGAAUGCGAGGUGGUGGUGCUAAGGAGAGCUGAGGGUUGCCGCCACGUGGACGAUGUUCGCGGCUAGGAACAACGAUUCGCCGGCGGCAUCUAAAUCUGACUACAUCAGUCUCAGUAUCAACGACGGUACAGCCUUCGGAAAAACCACUUCUCGCAGUGUCUGGAGACAAUGGAACCAAUUGUCCAGAUUUCAGCGAAAUAUUUGCUACUUUGCUGUGAUAACAUUAAUAAUUUUAGUAAUUUAUUUAUUACCUGGGAAGACUCAAGUUAAUACUAAUGUUGAUGAAAGUGAUUACGAUAGUGCUAAGGUAGUUCAGGAAUAUCCAAAGCUAUACAAGGUACCAGAUGAAAUUGUAAUUAAAAGUGUAAACCACAAUAGAGGAAACAUGAAAGAAAGUAUUAAAGAAAUAAAUGAUAACAAUGUUGAUGUUAUUGAUGAGCCAGAAUUCCAACCAGAAGUAAAUCAAGUUGAUGUUGAUCAAAUCGGAGAACCACCUCAACAUAAUAUGCAACCUCUUAAAUUUAGUGGUCCACAAAAUGAUAGACAGAAAGCAAUUGUUAGAGCUACAAAAUUUUCUUGGGAUAGCUAUAAAAAAUAUGCUUGGGGCCAUGAUAAUGUCAAGCCAAUAACAAAAGGAUAUCACGAUUGGUUUGGUCUGGGAUUAACAAUCGUUGAUGCUUUGGAUACUCUGUACAUAAUGGGAAUGCACGAAGAGUUUCAAGAUGCAAGAAAUUGGAUUCAAAAUAAUUUAUCAUUCACUCAAAAUAGAGAUGUCAAUUUAUUCGAAGUUACCAUUAGAGUGCUUGGAGGUCUUCUCUCUGCUUAUCAUUUAUCUGGAGAUAAGAUGUUUUUAGAUAAGGCGAUCGAUCUUGGCGAUAGAAUGAUGCCAGCUUUUUCAACUCGUUCAGGUGUACCAUUUUCAGACGUCAAUUUAGGCACUCGAAGCGCUCAUCCCCCAAAGUGGGGUCCAGACAGUAGUACUAGUGAAAUCACCUCUAUUCAGUUGGAAUUUCGAGAUUUGAGUCGUAGUUCGAAGCAACCACGAUUUGAAAACGCGGUGGCUCAAGUUUCUGAACACGUACAUAGGCUUGAAAAAUAUGACGGACUGGUACCGAUUUUCAUCAAUGCAAACACUGGAUUAUUCAGAGAAUAUGCAGUUAUCACAUUGGGUGCAAGAGGAGACAGUUAUUAUGAAUACCUAUUGAAGCAAUGGAUACAGACCGGAAAAACAAUUGAUUACUUGAGAGAUGAUUAUUUAUUUGGUAUCGAAGGGACAGAAAAGCAUUUGGUAAAGAGAACUGCCGUUAAUAAAUUUUUAUUCAUAGCAGAGCUUUUAGGUGCUGCGCGCGACGUGAAACCAAAAAUGGACCAUUUAACUUGUUAUUUAAGUGGAACACUAGCCUUAGGAGUACAUAACGGCUUGCCAAAACGCCACUUAGAGCUCGCCGAUGAAUUACUCAGAACUUGCUACGAAACGUAUGUCAUACAGCCAACUGGUCUUGCACCGGAAAUUACUUACUUCAAUAUACAGAAAACCAGCGAUGAAAAUCAGAAAGACAUGUACGUGAAGACUAACGACGCGCACAAUCUUUUACGGCCCGAAUUUAUUGAAAGUUUAUAUUACAUGUGGUACUUUACUGGUAAUAAAACUUAUCAGGAUUGGGGCUGGAAAAUAUUUCAAGCUUUUGAGAAUUAUACAAAAGUGGAAAAUGGUUAUACGAGUAUCAACAACGUAAAAAAUAUUUACAAUACACGUCCUCGAGACAUGACUGAAAGUUUUUGGUUUGCUGAGACUUUGAAAUACUUGUAUCUGUUGUUCGAUGACACAAGACAAUUGAUAGAUCUGAACAAAUGGGUUUUCAAUUCCGAAGGACAUCCAUUACCGAUUUACGAUUCAUAGGAAGUUUUUUUUUGUUGUAGUUGAACUGCUCGUGAAGUACUCUAAUUAAAUUUGUGAUAAACGUUCCGCAAAAAGUAUCAAGUGGUAUUCUUCAAGAUUAUGUGGCGCUUGGUUAGGAAAUUAUAGAAAACACAUGUACAUGAUUACAAAGUGUAAUUAGGACUAGGCAAUGGAUUCGUUCGAUAAUUAACGGUAAAAAAACAGAUACGAUGAAAUAUGCAAACAAGUCAAUUUCUUGUAUACAAAAAAAUCAGCUUGAACAGUUACAUUUUAUACAAAUUUAUAUACUUCAGAGCACUUUAUCGUACUUACUAUAUAGUAAUUUUUACUCUCUUUAUAUAAAAUUUUAUUUGUUUAUUAUUGUGUAGAUCGUAUGCGUGCUAUAAUACUAGUGCAUUGAUAUUUCAGAUCAUUUACAAAAAACAAGGUGAUAGGAUUUUCCCUUCUAAAGAAUUUAUAAAAGAAUUACGAGAUUGUGAGUUUAUUGUUAGAUUCACCUCAUUGACAACUUAAAAUUUUUUUUUUGGAUUUGCAAUUCUUUCAAUGGUUAAUAAGAAAUAAGAUUUUUUUUUAAUAAUGGAGGUGAAUUAUGUACUAUAGUCGAAUAAUCAUCUAGUCUUGUAACUAAAUACACUACACUCACUACUAGAAUAUUGUUUGAAUGAAAAUGGCCUAGCGAUUCUAAAAGAUUUUUACAGAAUACUGUAUCAAAUUAUUUUUAAUGCAAAUUAGUAGCAGUCAUAGCUUAUCAGCAUUUAUGUACAAUAAAUUCAGUUGGUAUGUAUGAAUAUAGGUACACAAGUUCUGUAAAAAUCGUUCUCGGACAAGAUUGAGUAUAUGUACAAAACAUAAGAAUAGUUGAAUCAAGGUAUGAAUUGAAACGGAGUAUCAAUUAUCUAUAAAAUAUUUUAGCUGUUUUUCAAUUAUUUGUCAUAUACAUUUUUAGAUUUGCUUAAUAAUGUAAGGCUUUAGCAAACGAUAAACACAGACUAUCACUAGUAAUAUUUAUUGUAGUUCUAUUUAAUUUUAGAAAUGCAUCAAUUGUCAUUUGAAAAAUCUUCCAUUUAUCGCGAACUGGAUAAUGACUGCGUGUGUCAUCGUGAAUUUUAUUUACCUGUGGUGAAAGAAUACUGUAUACUUCGGGUUUUAUUUGUAAAUAGUUCAAGGUAAACGGCCUUUGAGACGUGGCUUCAAGCGGAUUAUCAUAGAAUUAUAAAAUUUAUCAAUCUAUUAAGUCUUCCAGCCACGCCUCACUGCUAACUUUGAUUAUGUAGAAUAAAAUUGUCGAGUACAUAGAAAAAAAGUGUGAAGCAAUAAAAAUAUAGA